AUGGUGCCCCUGCUGCUGCUGCCCCUGCUGUGGAGGGGGUCCGUGCAGCAGUAUCCAGGGUACCAGCUCCGAGGGCAGGAAUUGGUGAUCGUGCAGGAGGGUCUGUGCGUCCUCGUGCCCUGCUCCUUCUUCUACCCCCGGGAUGCGAGGUAUGGUGAACUCUACAUGUACUUGUUCCGUGAUGGGGACAACCUGCGCCGCCGUAGCCUUGUGGCCACAAACAACCCAAGGCAACAGGGGAAUACAGAGACUCAGGGCCGGUUCCGCUUCCUCGGGGACCCCAGGACCGACUACUGCUCCCUGAGCAUCAGAGACGCCAGGAGAAGUGACACAGGCGUCUACUCCUUGCAACUGCAGAGAGGACAUUAUGUGAACUACAAUUACAGAGAAAAGAAGCUGAAUUUGCAGGUGACAGACAUGACAGAGAAACCCGACAUCCACUUUCCGGAGCUUUUGGAAUCCGGCCGCCCCACAAAUCUGACCUGCAGCCUGCCAGGGUCCUGUGAUGGGGGAAGACCUCUCACGUUCUCCUGGGUGGGGGAUGCUUUUGACUCGCUGGACCCUGGGACCCUCCAGUCCCCGUGGCUCACCCUCACCCUGAGGCCCCAGGACCACGGCACCAACCUCACCUGUCGGGUGAAACUCCAAGGAGCUCAGGUGACCACGGAGAGAACCAUCCAGCUCAAUGUCUCCUAUGCUCCACAGAACCUCACCAUCCGCAUCUUCUCCAGAAAUGUCACAGAGCUGAAAAACUCAGGGAAUGGCUCAUGUCUCCAGGUCCUGGCAGGCGAAUCUUUGCCCCUGGUCUGUGUCGCCAAUAGCAACCCUCCAGCCACACUGAAAUGGGUCAAGGUGAAUGGGAACCUGAGCCCCUCUCAGGUCUCAAAGCCUGGGGUCCUUGAGUUGUCUCGAAUACAAAUGGAGCAUGAAGGCAAAUUCAUGUGCCAAGCUCAGAACACACUGGGGCACCAGCUCAUCUCUUUGAACCUCUGUGUGCACUACCCUCCACAGCUGCUGGGACCCUCCUGCUCCUGGGAGGAUGAGGGUCUGCACUGCAACUGCUCAUCCCGAGCUCAGCCAGCUGCCUCCCUGCACUGGUGGCUGGGGGAAGAAGUGGUGGAGGGGAACCACAGCAAUGCCUCCCUCACAGUCACUUCCAGCUCUGCGGGGCCCUGGGCCAACAGCUCCCUGAGUCUCAGCAGGGGGUUCAGCUCUGGCCUCAGAUUCAGCUGUGAGGCCAAGAAUGACCAUGGGGCCCAGAACAUCGCCAUCCUGCUGCUGCCAGGGAAAUCAGUAUCCCCGACAGGAGUGCUUCCUGCAGCUCUUGGAGGCGCUGGUGCCAUGGCCCUGCUGUCACUCUCUUUGUGCCUCAUCCUCUUUUGCAUAAUGAAAGCCCGCAGGAAGCAAGCAGCCAGGAAACGAGAGGGCGUGGAUGAUGAAGACCCUGUCAUGGGUACAGUCGCCUGGGGUUCCAAGAAACAGCCCCAAUCAGAUGGCCCCCCAGACCAAGCGUGCCCUGCUGAGGAUGCCCGUCCCUCAGUGGAGGAACAGGAGCUUCAUUACACCUCCAUCAGCUUUCACGAGAUGAAGUCGUGGGAGCCUCAGGACCAGGAUGCCACCAGCACCAACGAGUACUCCGAGAUCAGGGCAAGCAAAUGAGAACUCGCCCAGAGCUCGGUCCUGGAGGAGGAAUCACAG